AAAGCAUAACCUACAUUAUCGGCAUUUCAACCUGUCAAAUACGUGUACAUACAAAUAAAAUGUUCGUUUCGCGUUUAUUACUCUAGUUAAUCAUUAAAUAAGCGUUUAAAAAUGGGGCUGUGCAAGUGUCCGAAGAGAAAAGUAACAAACCAGUUUUGUUUCGAGCACAGAGUAAACGUCUGCGAGCAUUGUAUGGUUACAAAUCACCCAAAAUGUAUCAUACAAUCUUAUUUACAAUGGCUUCAAGACAGCGAUUACAACCCUAUUUGCGAAUUAUGCAUGAAAGAAUUGAAUUUGGAGGAUUGUAUUAGAUUAACUUGUUAUCAUGUAUUUCAUUGGUCUUGUCUUGAUAACUACUCAAGACAACUUCCUUCUACUACAGCUCCCGCUGGUUAUACAUGCCCUUCCUGUAGAGCUGCUUUAUUUCCCCCUUCAAAUUUAGUCAGUCCUGUUGCUGAUGUUUUAAGAGAGAAAUUAGCAGGAGUUAAUUGGGCAAGAGCUGGUUUAGGAUUACCUCUACUCUCUGAAGAAAGUGAAUUAAAACCAGUUUUGAAUAGAAACCCAGCUCCAAGUAUAUCACCUGGGCCACCUUAUUCUGUGGUACAUGUUGAAGAUCAAGUUUCAUUUAAUAGGGAAUCGAGUGAUAAAUAUCAAGCACCAGCUAGAAGAGUAUUUCAAGAUAUUAGAGAAACCAGAGGUGUUGUAGUUGACCAUGAUGAAGACAAAUAUAAACGAAGACCUGCUUCCGAAUGGUUUAAAAGAUUAUGGAAAAAUGCAAGGAAUAAUCCUAGAAAUCGAUCAAAUGGCUCAAUUUAUAAACGAUACUUUAUGUUAACACUUAUUAUUGUUAUCGCAAUAAUUGUGCUAUUAUUAACCAUGUCUCGAUUAAGUAGACAUUCUUCGGAUAAUGAUCCACUGUGGGAUGUAAGAGAGAACCCUAAUGUUCACUUCAAACAGGAAACAAUUUAAUUACAUUAAAAGCAAAAAAAAAGCACUUUUAUGUAAAAAUUACCUGAACUUUUUGUUUUCGUUAAUAGAUCAGCAUUUAUGUUUUGUGUAUAUUAAGCUGUAUUUACUAUUACAUAAAAAAUACAUUAUUGUUUCGUA